AUGCUCGCCAAUUAUUUUUUUGCAAGUAAGGUUGUAGUUUUGAAAGUACCCGCAGCAGCAGUACCCACAGCAGCAACAGCAUCAGCAGAAGCAGCAGCAGCAGCAUCAGCAGCAGCAGCCACCACCGCCGAAGCAGCAGCAUCAGCGGCAGCAGCCAACGCAGAAGCGGCAACAGGGAGGAUCCAUCCUGAUCCAGCUUCUCCGCCAGCAGCUCCAGCGCCGCCGCCAGCUGCAGACUCGGACACCGAGGAUCAGACCCGCGGAGCUACCAGGACCGUGCCUGCGACAGCUCCGGCAGCAGCAUGGAGCUCCACGGCGCGGCCUCCACCUGAGCCGCCGACGCAACCGACGUCCUCGCCCGCGUCGCCAACUCUCUCACCGACGCGGCCGACAGAACCACCGACGCCAAGGGCACCGACGCGGCCGACAGAACCACCGACGCCAAGAGCACCGACACCGCCACAGACGACACUCCAACACAUCGUCUGGAAGCUCUACGCACUGGAUAUACCACCACCGGCCAGGACCAGACCCUCGCGGUAUUGGCUUCAUCCCUGGGGCAUACGAGUCCGGAGGUACACGUCUCCUCGAUACCACCUAACGCCACCAGAAGCCACGAACGGAUUGCAGUUAUCAGGCUCCGGUUGGGAGACACCGCGGGAGUAG